AUGAUGUCAUUGGGCGCGCGUGCAGUGUAUCAGCCGUGGCAGCUGCAGCCUGCGUUUGCAAAACCGAUGCCUCGAGUUGCAGCAGAUCCACAAACAAAAGGCCAUUCCUGCAGAACUGGGGCAUCUGUGGCAAUCCUCGGAGCUGUCUGGGGCCACCGCGUGGCAAAUGGCCAAAGGAGGAGUGGGUGUGUGGUUCCAUCUUUUCGCGCCUUGAACUGGCGGCUGUAUGCGGCGCUGCUGCUGAAAGCUGCCAUGCCAACAGUCUACACCACCACUAGGAUCUACUUUCUUGGACAGAUGCCUCAGGCCAGCGGUGUGGAUAUUGCCUCGCAGCUUCUCUGGGUGGGCACGAUUCUGCAGGUCAUGGAGGAGGCAUUGAUUGUUCCUUUGUAUCCCUGUAUUGGAGAAACAAUCGGUCAAGGCGUUGCCACCUGGAACAAGGUGCGAACAGGGCUCUUGGUGACUUUGGUUUCUUAUGGCAGCUUCUCCACUAUUGUCAUGGUGUUUGCCGAACCUUUGGUUGAUGGCAUGGCUUCUCGGCACGACCUGCGGGAUGAUACAGUGAAAUACAUCCGCUGGGAGAUGGUCGCUGCAGUGAUUCAGGGCUUAGAGCGCUUCACCCAUGUGAUUUUCGUACUGCUGAAGCGUGACAAAGUGAUUUUGUUGAUGACCCUCUUGCAAGCCCUGCUGACCGUGUUCUUCGAUUAUAUCUUUGUUAGUGAUCUGCCUGGCUCACUCCGUGUUGGAGUCAUCGGAGUGGCCUGGUCCAACAUUUGCACCUACGCACUUCUUUUGAUGCUGGCCUACCAAUACCUUCCUGCAGCAGAACAGGAGUCUUUAACUUGGACAUGGCUUCUUUCGUGGUGGCGGGUGGGCCGCUGGGCCGCGCUUGCAUCCCUGAUUCGAAAUCUGAGCUAUGUGAUUUUUGUGGCCAGAAUGGUGAAUGUCUUGCACCAGUCUGGCAACUAUUGGAUAGCCAAUAGCUUCAUUUGGAACUGGCUCCUGCUACUAUUUCUGCCCUUGGCUGAACUGCUGAAACAAGAGGUUUCAAUUCGGGCCAGGUUGCCAGCAGCACAUAAACAGAUCUUACCAGCGUACUUGCUGCUCUCACUGCUGCUUUUUGUUGUCUGGCUGGUGACACUGCCUGGGUGGAAAGUCUUCUUUCAAGUGGUUUUGAAUGUGGAAAAGCCGCAGAUGGCACUGGAAAUCGCCAACUGGCUUCUACCAUUCUAUUUUGUCUAUAUGUUUGCUGGCCUCUUGGAUUCAAUCUUCUAUGGCCUUGGGCUAACAAACCAGCUGGCUUGGAUCUCCGUUUGCACCAAUUUGGGCGUCUAUGGAUCGGCCUUCCUCCUGUAUCGCUUGGGCGUGUUUAGUCCAUCAAUCCAUAGUGUGAUGUGCCUAUUUGGGUCAGGCAUUGUGGUGGGUGCAGCUCUUCGCUUCAUUGGGUAUUGCCGCUGGCGUCAAACUCACAGACCCUAA